AUGCUCCAGGAAACGAUCGACGAGGAGCUGUCGAUGGAGAUGACGGAGGCGCUGCCGUGCGCACCACCACCGGGACGAUCCCGCCACCAAUCAGACCCACUUUAUGACUAUCGUAGUGAGCACCUGGCGUUGCAGGCGCGGCUGGCGGAGAUAUGGGGGCCGGAGGCCCCGUACACGCCUGUGCCGGAGGAGACGUCAUCGUGGUUCAAGCGGUACUCCUACGGGUGGGUGUACGAGACGGUGGUGCUUGCGUCAAAGGAGAAGCUGACGCACGAAGCGCUUCCCCCGCCAACGCGGGAUGUGCGCGCGCACGAGUGCGGGCUGCGGCUGUCGCGUGCUGUGCAGGCUGCGAUGUACGAGCGAAACGCGUGGAACUGCAUGGUUGGGACGGAGGUCGUGAGCACGCUGGACGCUUCGAGUCGCGGCGUUCUGCGGUGGGUUGGGGUGCCGCAGCAGGGCGGGUACACGCGGAUGAUGGCUGGCGUGGAGUGGAGCGUGCCGCCGGCUCUGCGCACCGCUGCGAGGUCCGACGACAGCGGAGCGUCGCCGUUCUUCGACGGCGUUGCGCACGGUGAGCACCUGUUCACGCCUGAGCAGAGUGGCAUGUCGACACUUGAGGAGACUACGACGCUGAGGCUGGACCUGACGAGCCGCGGCGGCGUGGUGGAGAUUCCAACCCCGAAGCGCUUGCCUCUUACACGCCUCCUGGCGUUUAAAUUGCCCUACUACCUGUGGAUGCAAGUGCCGUUUCUGCUUGUCAGCAACAUCUGCGUCAUCACGCUGCCCAGCAUCCUGCAGGCGUUCGUCGCCUUCUUGGAUGAUGACCCAGGCACGCAGACCUGGGGUCGCGGCCUUGGCCUUGUAGCGGGAAUAUUCCUCGUGCAGGCAAUGCAGAGUGUGUGCAAUCAGCGCUUCAACUACAUUUCUUUCCGCUGCGGCCUGCAGUACCGCUCCGCGCUGAACUCGCUGAUCUUCGAGAAGUGCAUGAUCAUCUCCAGCAAGUCGCUCGCACAGCCGGAUAUGAACGCGGGUCGCGUCAUCAACAUGAUGAGCACCGAUGUGGAGCGGGUGUACUUUUUUAUGCUGUUCUGCAUGUUUUUGUGGAGCAGUCCGGUUGUGCUUCUUCUCGCCAUUGUGCAGCUUUGGCGGUUGGUUGGCUGGUGCGCCAUCAUAGCCGUCGCCUCCUUCCUCGCCACCAUCCCGCUGAAUGCCUUCUUCAUGGGCAUCCAGAUGCGGGCACGCCGGGACAUCGCGAAGGCUGCCGACGCUCGAGUCAAGGCAACAAGCGAGUUCUUUUCCGGCAUCCGCGUCGCCAAGUUUAUGACGUGGGAGCCUUGCUUCGUCGCGAACAUCGAGGAGAAGCGUGCGGUGGAGUUGUUCUUUCUCAAUAAGAUUCAGAACGCGCGCGUGGCCACGUCGUUCGUGAACAAUGCCACACCCAUGCUGAUGAUUGCCCUCGUCUUCACCGUGUACUACUGCACCGGCCACGAGCUGAGCACCACUGUUGUCUUCCCCACCAUUGCGCUGCUCGGCGUCCUCCGCCAACCGUUUCAGCAAAUUCCGUGGGUGUUCACGAUAGCGGUGCAGUUCCUCAUUUCGAUUGGCCGCAUCCGAAGGUUCCUCGAGUGCGACGACGCCACUUGCUCCACUGUGCAGGACAUGGAGGAGUACUGGAGGGAGCAGCGCGAGCACAGCGCUGCGUGCCAGCUUGCCGCUGUGCUGGAGAAGGUCGACGUGACUGCGUUUGUGCCCGUGAAACUGCCGUUUGCGCCGAAGGUGAAGACGUCUCUGCUUUCUCGGGCUCUGCGGAUGCUGUGCUGCGAGCAGUGCAAACCCACGAAGAGGCACCCGCCUCCAUCGGUUGUCGUCGAGAAUACAGGCUACGUCUCCCCGGCAAGCGCGUCUCGCCACAUCGUGGAGGGCUGCAGCGGCACCGUGCACACAGCAACACCGACGUCUACAAGAAGCGCAAAGGCGCCUCAGAUGAAGACGGAUGAAUUCUUCGAGCUGGAGCCGAAGGUGCUGCUGCGCGACGUGUCUGUGAGUGUCCUGCGCGGGAAGCUGACGGUUGUGCUUGGCGCGACCGGGAGCGGGAAGUCGACGCUGCUGCAGUCGCUGCUGUCGCAGUUCGAGAUCAGCGAGGGCCGCGUGUGGGCGGAGCGGAGCAUCGCCUACGUGCCGCAGCAGGCGUGGAUCAUGAACGCGACGGUGCGCAGCAACAUCCUGUUCUUCGACGAGGAGGACGCCGCGCGGCUCGCGGAUGCCGUGCGCGUGAGCCAGCUGGAGGCGGACCUUGCGCAGCUUAGCGGGGGGCUGGAGACGGAGAUCGGGGAGAAGGGCGUGAACCUGAGCGGCGGGCAGAAGGCGCGCGUGAGCCUUGCGCGCGCCGUGUACGCGAACCGCGACGUGUACCUGCUGGACGACCCCCUGUCCGCGCUGGACGCGCACGUUGGCGAGCGCGUUGUGGAGGAGUGCUUCCUUGGCGCGCUUGCGGGCAAGACGCGCGUGCUUGCGACGCACCAGGUGCACAUUGUGCCGAGGGCAGACUACGUUGUGGCGCUGGGUGACGAGCGCGUCGAGUUCAGCGGAAGCAGCGCGGACUUUAUGCGGACAUCUAUCUACGCUGGAAUGGCUUCCGGCCUCACGGUGAACAAGGAAGAGGGGGAUGCGGAGAGUUCGGAGUCUGCACUUGAUGCAGAAGAGGAGGAGGCAGAGGUGAUGGUCGACAGGAGCGCCAGCAAAGGCGAGGGGCCGGACGAGGAGGACGAUGCGGCAGCCAGAGACCCCGCUGCCCGCUCCUUCGUCGUCGAGGAAGAGAAGGCGUCGGGCGGUGUUCCGUGGCGGACGUACCUGGCGUACUUUCGGUAUUGCGGCGGCGCGCACGUCGCGGCGACGAUUGUGCUGGUCUUCGCCGUUACAGAGCUGAUCACGGUCUCCAGCAGUGUGUGGCUGUCAAGGUGGACCACGAAGGAGGAAGGUGAAAGUAACGCUCUGUAUCUAACCGUGUACCUGCUCAUGGUCCUCGUUGGCGGUGCUGGAUAUCCUUUCCGCUUCGUCGUGUCGUACACCGCAAUGCGUCACGGUUGCAGCGCGCUGCAUCGCACCAUUCUGCGCUCGGUGACAGCAGGCACGAUCGAGUUUUUCGACCGCACUCCGCUAGGACGGCUGCUGAACCGCUUCUCGCGCGACAUCGACACCCUGGACAACGGCCUGCAGAUGUCAACCAUCUCCCUGUUGGAGUGUCUCUUCUCCAUCUCCGUUUCGAUGCUGGUCACCACCUACUCACAACCGUUUGUGCUCAUUGCGCUUGCGCCGUGCGGGUACCUGUACUACCGGCUCAUGGUGUUCUACAACUCCGCCAACCGCGAGAUCCGCCGGUACACGAGCGUGAUGAAGACACCCGUCUUUACUCAGCUGACGGAGCUUACGAACGGUCUCGCCACCAUCACGGCCUACGGUAAGGCAAAAAAGGUGAUGGCUGAAGCGCUGGAGAGAUUGGAUGUGGUCCACUCAUGCGGCAACUUGGAGAAUAACACUAAUCGGUGGCUCGCCGUACGCGUCGAGCUCCUCAGCAACAUCGUUGUCACGGCCAUCGCUUUUGUCGGCGUCAUCACAACAUGCCUUCGCUCGAACCGCAUUGAUAUUGGCCUCAUCUCCCUCUCCCUCACCAUGGCGAUGCAAACGACCGGCGAGCUCAACUGGCUGGUGCGCAUGGUAGCCACCAUGGAGGCGGACAUGAACAGCGUGGAGCGGCUGCAGUACUACAUUGACCACGUUCCCAAGGAGGCGAUGCCGGAGCUGGACGCGGAGGUGGACGCGCUGGAGAGGCGGACGGGAAUGGCGGCGGACGUGACGGGGACGGUUGUGAUCGAGCCUGCGAGCCCGACGGGCGCCGCGCCGCACAUCGUGCAGGCCGGGUCGCUUGUGUUCGAGGGUGUGCAGAUGCGGUACCGCGAGGGGCUGCCGCUUGUGCUGCGCGGCGUGAGCUUCCGGAUCGCGCCGCGCGAGAAGGUCGGCAUUGUUGGGCGGACGGGGAGCGGGAAGUCGACGCUGCUGCUGACGUUCAUGCGGAUGGUGGAGGUGUGCGGCGGGGAGAUCCGCGUGAACGGGCGCGAGAUCGGCUCGUACGGGCUGCGCGAGCUGCGGCGGCAGUUCUCGAUGAUCCCGCAGGACCCUGUGCUGUUCGACGGGACUGUGCGGCAGAACGUGGACCCGUUCCUGGAGGCGUCGUCCGCGGAGGUGUGGGCUGCGCUGGAGCUUGUGGGGCUGCGCGAGCGCGUUGCGUCGGAGAGCGAGGGGAUCGACAGCUGCGUGCUGGAGGGCGGGUCGAACUACAGCGUUGGGCAGCGGCAGCUGAUGUGCAUGGCGCGCGCGCUGCUGAAGAAGGGGAGCGGGUUCAUCCUGAUGGACGAGGCGACGGCGAACAUCGACCCGGCGCUUGACCGGCAGAUCCAGGCGACGGUGAUGAGCGCGUUCUCGGCGUACACGGUGAUCACGAUCGCGCACCGGCUGCACACUGUCGCGCAGUACGACAAGAUCAUCGUGAUGGACCACGGUGCUGUUGCGGAGAUGGGCAGCCCGCGCGAGCUUGUGAUGAACCGCCAGUCCAUAUUCCACAGCAUGGUGGAGGCUGGGGGGCCGUCGGCGCGAAGACACUUCCUGUCUCUCGUGCGGCGUCGCGACAACGAAUCGGCUCCGUACUCAAAGUGCGGGUGA